AACUGUAAUUUGCAUCCUUUUUUAUCUUCUAAUCUAGGCAAUGGCAUGUCAGCCUAACUGGAUAAUUUUCCUUUGUUUUGUAUAUAUACAUAAAAGUGAAUAUAUCACGAUAUUUGGCAGUAAUAGAGAGAUUUGAAGCGGAAAACAAGGCCUAAAGUAUCCAAAUCCAAUAAAACCAUGCUGUAAACGUGAGUAGAGGAUUCAUGAUUUUCAUGCGAAUUUGGUUUUAGAUGAGGUGUCAUUUGUUCUAUUAAAAGGUAAAGAGAAAGUGAUAGGGUAGAUGAGUACGAGAUAGUGAGAAAAUAAGUGAGAAAAUAAUGCAACCAUUUAUUAUAAAUACCUGAAAUGGUAGGGAGAAAGAAAAGUUCCAAGUGAGGAAAAACAUGGACGUAAUUAUUUGUAGGCAAAAAUUAGAAACAGAGGAAAACUAGGAGAUGAAUGGCAACUAUGUCAACUGUCAAGAGUCGUUCAGACCUGUCCUAUAACAUAUCCACUCUUGGCCAAGCAAAUGGAACCUCUCCUUCACUCUAGAAUCCAUUGCACACCUUGCCUUCCUUCACUCAUCACUAAUCUCUCUCCUUCUCUUUCUCUUUCUCUUUCUCUUUCUCUUUCUUUGGCUGCCUUGUCUUUAAAUUAAAGGGUCUUUUUUUAAAAAAAAUUUAUUUAUUGCCAUUUGAAUUCGAAUGAGAGAAGAUUAACAAUAAUAAUAAAGGAGAGAGAAAAAAAACAGUAGUCACAAGUAAGUUACUGAGUCUUUGCUUGUGACUUUGAAUUUCGUUUCUUUCUUUGGAGAGGAAGGCCGAAGAGAGAACCAUGCAGCAUUUACCAGUUAAAAGCAACCUUCUUGAUUCAGGUUCGGAGACGACCAAGUUCGGCUUCGGUGGUUACGAGCAGCCCCUUUGCCCCAAACCUCGCCGUGUCGGACCCGUCGUUCCCGAGUUUCUCAAGCCCCUCAGAUGUACCAAACACAGCGAACUCAACACUGAUGGGAGAAGUGGAGUUCUGAACAUAAUUGCUGAGACGACAAAUGAUGGAAGAGAAUCGGCAUGCACGGGGUAUUCCCCAUCUUGCUAUGCAGGGUCACCUCCAGGCAGAACAGGCAACCCUCUGGUUCAUGACGUCAACUUCAUUCACCAGAUGGAGCUUCUUUCACCUUUCACCAGAACCAAGCUUUCAGAUAAAUUUGGCAUCACCUCCGCCUCUCCUGUUUGAGACCAUUCAUGUCAAAUUUGUCCACUGCACCAGCAGAAACUACUCUUUUUCUGGGAUUUUUUUGGUAGCUUAACAUUUUAGUACCACUAUGUCUUUUUAUUAUUAUUUUCUGUUGUAAAUAUUAUGAGUUGAAAUGGACUGGGGUGUCUCUUGUACAUAAAAAAACAAAAAGGGUUUCUUAAUUGUUUUCAAGUUGGAUUUCCUUCAAUGAAGUUCAAAGUUCUG